AUGGCUAUCCCAGUUAAUCCUGCUGGGCUGACUGAUGCUGAGGUUAACCAGCAGAAUAUUCAGAGGGAGAAUCCACCAGUUCGCCGAAUGGCUGACAGGCUGAGAGACUUUACGAGGAUGAAUCCUCUUAUUUUCACAGGGUCUAAUACUACAAAAGAUCCUCAGGAGUUUGUGGAUGAGGUGCAUAAGAUCUUGGUGGCUGUGGGGGCCACAGAUUCUGAGAAAGCAGAAGAGAUGAGGGAGGCCAAGGUUGAUGAGUUUAUCAAUCUUAAGAAGGGAUCCAUGACGGUAGAGGAAAGCCACAAGAAGAAGGGCGUUCAUGAUGCUAGAAGGCCUAAGCCUCAAGAUCAGGCAGGUCCCAGCCAUGGAGGCCACAGAAACAUUUCUGGCGUCCGUGAGCAACCUAGGUUCAAAAAAGGGCAACAGAUUUCAGGUAACUCUAACUCGCAGAGGAGUACAACACCUAGAGGAGGCAGACCCCAGCCUAGGAAGGGCAAUGGAGGUGAAAUGCAGCAUCCCAGAAAGGAUUGUGCUAAGUGUGGUCGUGCUUACAGUGGAGAGUGCAGACAGGACACUAUUUCCUGCUUCAGUUGCGGUAAGAGCGGGCACAUGGUUAAGGACUGCCCACAGAAAUGA